CCCUCGGGCUCGGGGUGGGCGGGGAGGGCCGGUCGGCCGGGCGCCUCUCCUGCGAGGGGUAGAGCCGGGAGGACGGGCGAAACUUUCCUCCCCGGCGGCGGCGGCGGCGGCGGCGGGGAGGCACCCGCGGCCGCCGAGGCGAGCAUGGGCCCCGACGCGCUGCAGCUCGGCACCUACGGCGGGGCGGCCGCCGCCGCCCUGCUCCUCUGGGCCGUGUGCGUGCUCUGCAGGAGGAAAAGGAAGACCGGAGAGCCCCCGCUAAUAAAUGGCUGGAUUCCUUACCUUGGGAAGGCGCUGAUUUUUAGAAAAGAUGCUUUCAAAUUCUUACUGGAUCAGCAAAAGAAACUUGGAGAUAUUUUCACUGUGCAUAUUGCUGGUAGAUAUAUUACCUUUAUCAUGGACCCAUUUCAAUAUGUCUAUGUCAUCCGAAAUAGCAAGCAACUUGAAUUUCACGAAUUCGCUGAUAAAAUGGCUUCCAAAACUUUUGACUACCCAGCCUUGUCAAAAGGAAAAUUCCCUGAUCUCAAGGAAAACCUGCAUAGAAUCUACCAGUAUUUACAAGGCAAGCCUUUGGAUAUCAUUUCUGACCACAUGAUGAAAAAUCUCCAGGAUAUAUUUGAAUGGAAAUGCUCACAAGCAACAGAUUGGGAAACAGAAAAAAUGUACAAAUUCUGCUGCUCUGUAAUGUUUGAAGCCAGUUUUGUAACACUAUAUGGAAGAGUUCCUGCUGCAGAUGGCCACAAAGUUAUUAGUGAAAUCAGAGACAAAUUUAUCAAGUUUGAUGCCAGCUUUCCCUAUUUAGCUGCAAACAUACCAAUUGAGUUGCUAGGAGCUACCAAGAAGGUUCGGAAGGAGCUUAUACAUCAUUUUUUACUUCAGAACAUGACAAAAUGGCUGGGAGGGUCAAAAGUGGUCCAAGCCAGACAAGAUAUAUUUGAGAAAUAUGAGCUGCUUGGAGAUUAUGACAAAGCAGCACAUCAUUUUGCCUUCCUGUGGGCCUCUGUGGGAAACACGAUUCCAGCUACAUUCUGGGCCAUGUAUUAUCUUCUGCGGCACCCAGAAGCUCUUGCAGCGGUGCGUGACGAGAUUGACCAUUUGCUGCAGUCAACAGGUCAAAAGAGAGGGCCCACGUAUAACAUCCACCUCACCAGAGAACAAUUGGACAACCUGGUCUACCUAGAGAGUGCCUUAAACGAGAGUUUACGGAUGUGCUCGUCCUCCAUGAACAUUCGCAUCAGCCAGGAGGAUUUUGUUCUCAAGCUUGAAGGGAAUCAAGAAGUCGGUUUGAGGAAAGGAGACUGGAUAGCCCUUUACCCGCAGAUUUUGCACAUGGACCCUGAGGUCUAUGAAGAUCCUAAGGAGUAUAAGUUUGAUCGAUACAUAGAGAAUGGCAAGAAGAAAACCACGUUCUACAAGGCAGGAAGAAAACUGAAGUAUUUCCUAAUGCCUUUUGGCUCUGGGAUCAGCAUGUGUCCAGGGAGGUUCCUCGCAAUGAAUGAGAUGAAGAUGUUUCUUUUCUUACUAUUGGCUCAUUUUGAUGUAGAACUAGUGGAAAACAAAGCUGUCAGACUUGAUAACAGUCGUAUGGGCCUUGGUAUACUCCUGCCAGACGUUGAUAUUGCCUUUCGUUACAAGCUAAGGUCCUUAAGAAAGUGAGCGGCUGCCUAUAUGCCUUCUACUAAUCUUCACGUUUGCUCUGUUUCAUCACUCAGCUUUGUAUUUUUUGAAACAUUUGCUUUUUCCUCUCUGCUUUUACCUCCUUUCUAUUUAUUUCUAAGGAGAAAAGCUCUCGGGCUGAAGGUAGAUAUCAGAUGUAGGGACAUGCAACCUCAGUUUGUCUUGCCUGAGUUAUGAGUAACGAGGUGAGAUGGCAAGAGUUUGGUCAAGUGAAUAGCCCAACGUCCCUACGAGGCGGGCCCCCCUACUCUUGGCUAUGACUUGAGUAGGAUUUACUAGGAGGAUGACAUCAAGCUGAAUCCAGGCCAUUUAUAUGGGAAAUGGUCUUAGCAGCCCUGUCACAGGGGUUCCCCCUUGUUAGAUUGGGAGGUCCCCAUACACCCACCAUCCGCAGGCAUCUCUGCAGCUGCUCAUAGAAGCAUAAUAGCAGGAAAGGUGGAACUUCAUUCUAGGGGGUGAAAGAAUUUUUAGUGAUUAUUAUUCUAACUUUUGCUUUACUCUGUUCCCUUCGUGGUCUUGAGUGUCUUAGCCCUUGUUUGGGAGAUGUGAUGGAAGCUGUGUGGGGUGGUGGGGGAUGAUUUGCGAGAAUGUCUUACUGGCAACACAUUUCUGACUUCAGUUUUACGUACUGAGGGUGAAUGCUUUGCUUUUUUUUUUUUUUUUUUUUUUUUUUUUUGGUGCAGUGCAAAGAAAUUACAACCUUUGACUUUUUUUUCCUGCAGUCAUUUAAAAUCAGAAGGGAGGUUCUGUGGAUUCUAGCAGGCUCUGGAUCAAGCCUAAAUUACCUACUUUGGCUUUUGAGACAAAAAAAAGUGUAUUCUUCAGGGAGAAAAUACAUAAGCCUGUUUGAAAUUAUUCUAUCAUCUCAGAAAUUACCUUCUGUUUGUCUCACAUCCAUGUGCUUAUUUUGACCAUUUCUGGUGUUUGUUCUCCAAAAAGGCAAAAGAAGAAGGCGGCUUCAAGGGCAAGCAUGGUAUCUAAAACUACUUUUUAAUAGUGUUUUACUGUGCCUAAGUUAUGCAUAGGCAGAGUAAUGUGACCUGCGUUUGGAAACAGACUUGUCCAUCUGCAAAUUGGAAAGCAGGCUCUCCCCUGGAAACAAAACUUGAGCAAGUGAAAACUGGACAGCCACAGAAUUUAUCCGUACGUGGGCUGCCCAACCUGCUUCACUGGGUGACCAAUUCUUGUUUCAAAAAUGAAUUUCCUAGUGUGCGGGAUCUGGGAUUUUUAGACUCUCUGUGUCUCUACCCAGCCAUCACUUCAGAGACUGAUCAGGAUUUUUGUGGCUGUCCAGUCUCAAUUUGCCAAGAUGAUAAUUGCAUUGGGAGAGGAGCCAUGUCUAUGUGCCUUGCCUUGUAUUCUCCAAAAUUAUCUCUCUUUGGGAUGUGCCACCAUCUUUUAAAAUCAGGAAGUUUACUCAUCUCUGAUGAGUACUUGAUGGCUUAUGGAUGGAAACUGCUACAUACAUAGUAAGGGUUAGAAUUAUUUAUUGUUAUUUGUGUAGAAGCCUGUUUAGUUAUUCAUGUAAAGCAUACACCCUAAACAUGCAUCAGCGUCAGUAGAGAGGCUCUCAGAGAUUGGCACAGUCACAUUCCAAAUCCUCUGAGGAGAAAAUUGUGGUUUUGUGAGAUAUAUUGGAUGAACGUUUUCUCUUCAUAUAUAAUAUCAAUAAUGUGUACAGUGUUGGAGUACACUUACAUUAAAUGGGCUUUGCAGUUGAUUAAAUGCUUUAACUUUUCUUCAACAUUUAAUCAACAGCAAAAGCUGAUUAUUGCUUUGUGCCACAGAAUAAAAUUUGUUUUUAUGGAGAGAUUCUUGCACUCAAGUUACUGCUGUAGUUACUCUGUAGGAGCUAUUCUGUACUCAGCCAUAGCUCACAAUCCAGUUUGGACAUUAGAGCCUGGUUUAUUCAGAGAGGAAAUGUUGAUAUCAUUACACUGUUGACUGUAUUCCAUUAUUGCUUAAAUGUAAGCUGUAAAAUGUCUCAUGCCACAGUUAUGAUAAAUCUUUCUUUGGCAUCCGACUUCGAAACAAACCUGAAGCAACUGUGAAAAUAACAGUAGGUAUUUGUUUUAAACAGAAGACUUUACAAUUGCAUUCUAUUUUUAGGAUUUUGAAUUAGAAUAUCACAGGCUGCUGCAUAAUUUGGUAGGAUGUAACAGGACUGUGCCAAAAGUACACGCAAACCAUUAGUAAUUUCAGAUUAAUUGCUGAUCAGUUUGUAGAGUAUCUAUUUUGAAAUUAAAAGAAGAGCUAGAUCGUCUCCAAAACAGCAAACUAAACCCAUAGGGCAUGCUUCCAUUUAAAAAAAAAAAAAAAAAAAAAAAAAAAAAAAGGGUCAGAAUCUUUCACAGGAGUUGCAGGAACCCUCCGUGAAGGCACUUGGAGGCCUUCCGUUGGGGUUGGAGAGCACUCUUCGCGCCACGCCAAGAGGCCGGUGUUUUGCUGGGAGAAGAGUUUGUUGCUCUUUUUGCUCAGGGACCAAAAAUAAUCAAACGUAAAGAAGCGGGGCCCGCUCGGCCUGUCCUGGCUCUGCGUCCCUGGUAGUCCGUGCUCCUGGUAGAUCAGUUUUGCUGUUAAGCGGUGGAUCACUACCUUAGCGUGCCCCAGCUGCAGAGGAGGUAAGCCUCACCCCUGUGUAAAGUCGCGAGAGCUAGAGCGGGAGAGAGGAGGUGUUAAGCCCUUCUGGUCCGUGUGCUGGGCAGCCGAGGAGGCGACUUACUGGCAGUCGGCAGCUGGUCUGACCAGGAGUGGCUCGGUCUCCACGGAGCAGGGGGUGAGAGGCCCACGGCGCCGGUAUUCCUGGUCCGGAAGGUGCCGGAGCGCGGCGGGGCGAGGGCGCGCCAUCCCUGGAAGGUGCCACCUUGGAGCCAGGCCGGCCGCAGCGUGCCGGCUCUCGGCACCUGUCACCGGGGCACGAAGGUGGCAAAACCGUCCAAGCAGAAAGGGGCAGCGCUGCUCGCAGGCGUUCAGGGGCCGGUGGUGCUGCAGGGGUGGGUGGCGGGAGGCAGCCAGACCUCAGUGCUUCCUUGUCCCUCCUCUCCGCCUCAGCGAUGGGGGGGGGGGGGGGCUGCCCGGCAAGGCCAGCGGUGCCGGCUUGCCAAAGCCGCUGGGCCCGCAGGCCUGGGGGUCAGCCAGGAGGAGGGCGCAGGGGCCCCUCGAGUUGCUCUGCUGUUCCUCUCGUGAAACGGGGCCCUCGCUGACCGGUUUGAGACGCGCCUCGGCUGGUCAGCGCCAGCCCCUGCCCGUAAGUCGUCACUGCCUGUGGCUGCACUGAUAAUGUCUUCUGCUAUUAAAAAAGAAUCACCUUUUUUUCCCCCAUAUAAAAUGGGUUUAUUAAGUCAGUAUGGCCUUUUAUAGCACCCAAGAAGAAAAGUGAAUUUAUCAUCAACUAAUGUGAAUGAAUUUUUUAUUAUUAUUCUUAUUUUAAUUUACAGAUUGUAUGUUCUUCAUUUUCAUGCUGGCACUCAGUACUGCUAUAAGCUAUUGUAAACUUCUGAGACCGUCACGCUGCUUAAAAGACUGUGCUAGUCUAUGUGUACCUGUUUGCAAAUCAGACUUUCACAUCUCUGCCAAUAUGUCCUAAUGUGCUAAUAUAAAACCGUGUAGGAGUUGUUCUUUAGUUUAUGCUUUUAAGCCAGUUGCGUGUCACUACUUUUGGCGCUGCUAUUUCCAUGGAUAAUUACUGGCCUGUGAAUUUCUCUUGUAGAAUUACAAAUGAUCUUUUAUUUCAUCAUUUUUGAACUUUCUGACAUUCAAAAGAUUGUGAAUUGCUCUUAAUUGUGCAAACUGACAUUUUGUAUAUAGCUGAACAACAGUUAGGUUCUACUUUAAUAGUUAAUAUCUAUCAUUAAGGCUCUAAGAUUGAAUAAGGUAUAUGGUGAAUUUCUGAGCAAGAAAAUUGAAACUUCAUUAUUUUAGUAAUCUAACAUCUUAAGUGAAUUUUGUAUCUCAAGGACACAAUAAAAAUGAAUAUAUCUAUUUUAA